CCCAAAUUAAAGAGGAUGGUAAAGAGUUAGAGAGAGAGAGAGAGAGAGAGAGAGAGAGAGAGAGAGAGAAGGGAAAGGAGAUUAAUGGCGGAAUAUUGCGUGACCGGAGGGACGGGAUUCAUUGCAGCUUAUCUUGUUAAGGCCCUCCUCUCCAAGGGCUUCAAAGUUCGUGCCACAGUUAGAGACCCAGAGGAUGAAGGUAAGGUAGGGUUUCUUUGGAGCCUGGAAGGAGCAAGGGAGAGGCUGAGACUGGUGAAAGCCGAUCUGACGGUGGAGGGGAGCUUUGAUGAGGCGGUGGACGGCGUCGAUGGCGUCUUCCACACCGCCUCUCCGGUGUUCCUAACCUAUGACCAAAACGUUCAGGAAACUCUGAUCAAUCCAGCCAUAAAAGGCACAAAAAAUGUGCUCGACUCGUGCUCGAGAUCAAGCUCGGUUCGUCGUGUCGUGCUCACCUCUUCGUGCUCUUCGAUCCGAUACCGAGACGACGCAACCCUAAUCUCUCCACUCAAUGAGUCACACUGGAGUGACACUGAAUACUGCAAAAGAUACAAUCUGUGGUACGCGUACUCAAAAAUACUGGCUGAGCAAGAAGCAUGGCGGCUGGCAAAGGAGUACAACAUCGAUCUCGUGGUCGUCAAUCCAUCGUUCGUCGUCGGGCCAGUACUGGCACCACGGCCCACAAGCACAAUCCUAAUGAUCCUCUCCUUAUUGAAAGGAGACCUAACUGAGUACCCUAACUUGACGAUCGGGUUCGUCCAUAUCGACGAUGUGGUCCGAGCCCACAUUUUGGCCAUGGAGGACAGAAGAGCCUCGGGGCGGCUCAUCUGCUCAGGCUCGGUCGCGCAUUGGUCGGAAAUUGUGGAGAUGAUCAAGGCCAAAUACCCCGUAUACCCGAUUCCGACAAAGUGUGGGGAUCAAAAGGGAGAUAGCAAUCCACAUAGCAUGGACACAACCAAGAUCAGGAACUUAGGGUUCCCUCCUUUCAUCUCAAUCCCUCAAAUGUUUGAUGAGUGCAUCAAGAGCUUCCAAGACAAAGGGCUUUUGUAGAAUGCAAAGGUGUUACAGCAAUUAAGUAUAUGGAGAGGCAAAAUAUAUAUAGAGAGCAUGUAUAAGACCUAGUUAAAGAUGUUGCAUCCAACAAAUUUGGCCACCUAAAAAAUAUAAUGGAUUUAUUUUAGUAGUUCCUAUUUCA